AACAUCAGUACGCUUGGACAUAACGACAACACACCCACCCGUACCUGUUUCUUCUGUUUUUUAUUUUAUUUUUUUGCUUGUUGCUGUUAAUUCCAAAGUUGUUAUUGACACGCUUUGUAAUUCACGCUUACAUAUAUAUGUUGCUUCUUCCUCUCUCCAUUGUCGUUUUAGAUUCGUAAAUUUUGAUCCUUUUUCUCUUUAAUGCAUGUUUAAAACCUUCUUCAUUUCCCUUUCUUUCUUAGUUUGCAUUAAUGGGGUUUGUUAUUUGUAGUUAAGAAUUCAUGUUUUUGGAAGAUUGUGGUUUUUGGGUAUUCAAAUUCUGAUAAUUCAAACUUGAAAGCAAGCUUAAUUUGUUGGGAUCAAAUAUGAACCAUCAUGGAUACUCAAAUGGUUCUCUUCAAAGUGUAAAUGGUAAUUUUGAAGAGAAGCUUGAUGAGCUUAGAAACCUAAUGGGGAAAGUUGAUGAUGAUCCAUUGAGAAUAGUUUGUGUUGGAGGUGGUGCUUGGGGUAGUGUGUUUACAGCUAUGUUACAAGAUGCUUAUGGUAGUUUUAGAGAUAAGGUUUUGAUUAGGAUAUGGAGAAGACCAGGAAGAGCGGUUGAUAGAGCCACGGCUACGCAUUUGUUUGAAGUGAUCAAUUCGAGGGAGGAUGUGUUGAGGAGGUUGAUUAGGCGGUGUGCGUAUUUGAAAUAUGUCGAGGGAAGAUUAGGUGAUAGGGUUCUUCAUGCAGAUGAGAUUUUGAAAGAUGGGUUUUGUUUGAAUAUGGUUGAUACACCUGUUUGCCCUUUGAAGGUUGUGACGAACUUACAGGAAGCUGUAUGGGAUGCUGACAUUGUGAUUAACGGCUUGCCAUCGACAGAAACCCGUGAGGUGUUUGAAGAAAUUAGUAAGUAUUGGAAAGAGAGAAUCACAGUUCCUGUCAUUAUUUCUUUGGCUAAGGGUGUGGAGGCUGAAUUGGUUCCUGAGCCGCGGAUCAUAACACCUACGCUAAUGAUCAGUCGAGCAACUGGAGUCCCCAUUGAAAAUAUUCUCUAUCUUGGAGGUCCUAACAUUGCCUCUGAGAUUUACAACAAAGAAUAUGCAAAUGCUCGAAUAUGUGGAGCAGAAAAAUGGAGGAAACCAUUGGCAAAGUUUUUGAGGCAGGCACACUUUAUAGUGUGGGACAAUGUUGAUCUUGUUACUCAUGAAGUUAUGGGUGGAUUAAAGAAUGUAUAUGCUAUUGGAGCAGGGAUGGUAGCUGCUUUAACGAACGAAAGUGCCACCAGCAAAUCAGUCUACUUUGCUCACUGCACAUCAGAGAUGAUUUUUAUCACUCAUCUAUUGGCAGAAGAACCAGAGAAACUUGCAGGCCCUCUCUUGGCUGAUACUUAUGUAACCUUGUUGAAAGGUCGUAAUGCAUGGUAUGGACAAAAAUUGGCCAAAGGGGAAUUGAGCCUUGAAAUGGGUGACAGCAUCAAGGGCAAGGGGAUGAUUCAGGGAGUCUCUGCUGUUAAAGCAUUCUAUGAGCUACUAAGUCAGUCCAGCUUAAAUGUCUUAGAUCCUGAAGAAAAAAAGCAUGUCGCCCCUGUCGAGCUUUGUCCCAUCUUGAAGAUGUUAUAUAAGAUACUAAUACUAAGGGAAUAUCCAGUACAGGCUAUACUUCAAGCAUUACGAGAUGAGACCAUGAACGAUCCUCGAGACCGUAUUAAGAUUGCACAGAGCCAUGUGUUUUACCGGCCAUCUCUUCUUGGUCAGCAGCCUUAGAAUCCUCGUCUCUUGUGGGUUUUGCAGAUGAUUUUCACAAUUGCUUAAUGUAACUCUGAGUAUCUGUGUGCUGCUUCAUACCCACCUCACCAAAAGUUUAUGGUCAUUAAAGUGAGUAUUUGUCGCACGAGCGCACAGUCUAUAGAUGCAACCAAUCAAAAGUUCAAGAUUAAUUAAAAUAAUAUUAAAAUGAUAUCAGAAAUUGCAUGAGAGUUAUUUUAAUAAUAUUUUGAAUUUUAAUUGGUUGUGUCUAUUGCUACUGGAUUCAUGCCAGAAUUCCUUCAACAAAGUUGUCGUGGUGUUUAAAUGUUGAACUCCGUUGUUCAAUUCAGGCAAACUUCAGAAAAGGCACUUAUUGUAUUUUAUUAAGUUUAUACUUGCCUAUAUAUAGUUAUCGGUAUAACUGGCUUUAGUUAUCCAGUAUGUGAGUUAGUUUUCUGUUAUCGAAUUCGGUCAGAGUUAGUUAUAGUUGAGUGAGUAGCUUUUUUCUUCUCAUAGAAGCUCUAUAUAUAAAAGUACAAUUUGUAAUUGUAAUUUUCAUUUUUCAAUUGAUCAAGAAAUGAGGAUCAAAGUUUUCUCAUA